CCAAUAGCAAGUUGUAUUUCCACGCAAGCGCAGUUAGCAAUACGGUACACAUGACAGUGAGGUCAAAACAAUGUGGUGCCUUUACUUACAGAGGAGGUUUCUGCACUCUUCUUCAUGUUUGAUGAAAAAGUUAAAUAGUAAAACUCCCGCAGAGCAGCGCUGGCUGCAGCGGCAGCUCAAAGACCCGUAUGUUAAAGCUUCCCACCAACAACACUUCCGCUGCAGGAGCGCCUUCAAGCUGCUUGAGAUAGAUGACAAGUUUCGGCUUUUAGAGCCCGGGUACAGCGUGGUGGACUGCGGAGCUGCACCUGGUGCCUGGAGCCAGGUGGCAGUCCAGAGGGUCAACUCUGCUGGGAAAGAUCCGGAGUUACCACAAGGUACAGUCAUCGGCAUUGAUCUCCUAAACAUCCCAGCUCUGGACGGUGCCCACUUCCUGUCCAGUCAUGAUGUCACAGACCCCACCACGCAUGCAAAGCUGCUGGAGCUGCUUCCCAACAGUCAGGCUCAUAUCAUCCUGAGCGACAUGGCCCCCAACGCCAGCGGUUUUCGAGACAUGGACCAUGAGAAACUCAUCACAAUGUGUUUGACUUUGAUUGAGCUGGCUGAGAGGAUUUUACAGCCUGGGGGCUCCCUGCUUUGUAAAUACUGGGACGGGUUUCUUGCUCAGAAUCUCCAGGAAAAACUGUCCGUUGUGUUUGGCAGUGUUCGGACUUUAAAGCCAAAUGCAAGCAGGAAGGAUUCAGCUGAGAGGUAUUUUCUUGCUAGAAUGUACAGAAAGACAGAAACAGGAUCCUGAUGUGUAUCCUGAAAUAUAAAGUAUAGAUGUGUCUGAAUUCUCACACAAGUGCACACUGUGUUUUUUAAAUAAGUGAACAUAAAGAGGGUUCCUUUACCUUUGAUCAAAAGGUGGCACUGUUGGGGCAUCAGUAAGCAUCAUAGCUGCAGGCACACACACAUCACAUACUGUGGGUUCAUAUUUUUCCAUCCUUGAAAACUUAACACACUAGCAGCAGUGAGGCAGUAAUAUGUAAACGUGUGCAAAAAUCACCAGAGUGAUAUUCCUCAAGAGCCCGAUGCUGUGUCGUCUCUCCUGUUAUUGUUUGCCCCACAGUGUUUGUCAGACAGUCAGUCUGCUGUUUGCUGUCUUACAGAAAGUCAUUUACCAGUGCUGCUUAUGCUAAUAAUGUGCACUGCCAGCCAUGUAGAAAUAUGUAAUCACUCUGUCAUUGAGCUUAUGAAGGGAAAACCUAACACAGAGGAGUCACAUCCAGCAUGACUAAUGGGAAGUGGGAUGAUGCUGGAGCUUGGCAGCCUGCGAGUGUUGUCUGGCUCUGCUCUCUGACAGAGGAGAGAUGUCAAUUUCCUGGGAAAUAUUUUAAGUCGCAGUAGACAGAUUUUCUUUUUAAUAUUCAUUCUAUCACUGUGCUGAGAAGUUCGGAAAGUACCAUUUAUUUUCUUUCAUUAUUUUGUUUUUCUGUGUGCUCUUUCAUACUGAUUUGAUUCUGCUGUGACAGGAGUUUAGAUCAACUGGUAAUGAAAUAAAAGGCUGACUCUAUCAGAGCUGCAGUAUGA